AUGCGCAUCUUCCUCUACCUAACUUACUUCUGCCUUAACGACUCGCAGGAGAGGCUGACCUAUGCCUCUCCUCAAAGCGAAAUCCUUGUUGCUCUACGCGACAGAACGGUUCCUCAACGCAUGCUGGAAGAUCUCUACGCCAAUGGAACGCCUUUCUAUGAUCGUUGUCUGAUUGUUGAAGUCCAUAACUACCGCAACAACUUUGAUGGCGUCACACCCAGAGUCAACAGAGCUGCAGCGCCGGCUGAAGAAGCUAGUAGCCUGAAGGAAGCAGAGAACAUGCGUGUGGAUAAACCGGAUAGUACACCCGUCUUGCUAUCACUCAGAUUACCCAAAAUUACAACUGUUGUGUUGUUCCCCCCUGACAAGAACUCUGCGGAUCAAAGCGCUGCUGGCAUGUUUGACACAAGGAAAGUAGCAAUUUUCCAGCCAUCGUUGGAUAUUGAGCGAUUCCAUUCUUCAGCUAUUAUAGGUCAUGAUUCGACGUACGACAAAGAUAGUUGGAACCCAUAUAGGAAACUUGAACAUCCCGACGGCCCACCUGACGCUCCCACGCCCAAUCAUGUUACAGAUGCGUCCUCGAGCGCGCUGAACAAGUCGGACCCUUUUACAGGACUCGGCUCGGAUAGAGGAAUUGCUACCAAGAAGUCUCAGUACAAGACACUAGAUUCCUCUGGCUACACCGCGCCGACUUCCUCGACGCCACAUUCGAGCGCGACCUCGCGCCAAGGCAGCUUCGCACGCACAUCAUUUGGUUCGACACUCGAAACAACUGAAGUGGAAGAGCCACAGACCACAACGCAAAUUCCCCGCCCACGCCGUCUGAGCGAGUCAGACUUCAGGAGAUAUGGCUCUGGUGCUCCCAGAAGAAGGGGUGUAGUCGAGCCGGACUACUACCCUCAACUUCUGCCACAUUCAGACGACCUCCAGGUAGCUCCUUUUUCCAGUCUGCCACAAGAGUACGCACCUACGACAGCGCACAAUGAGUUUAACCGACAGGAAACGGAGCCUCUCACAUACUCUUUAGAAACACCCUGGUCGAUCUCAAAUUUGCGUUCGGACAGAACGGAUCAGGAUGUUUUAACGUACCGAGAGCUAACAUUUACUGAACCUCGAUACGAACAAGUAUCUGAACGGACUACGUCUCAACAGUUGGGUGUCGCUGACUCAGACGGUGAAUCUGAUCGUGGCUCUUUCGACUCCCAAGUCGAUUCGAUCUUCUCAGUAGCAUCUCUGGCGUCCACAGCAUCCGCCUUCUCGACUGCAAGUGGGUACAAUGCUGUACAGAUAGAGACUGCCACCAAGGAGUUGUUACAGAUCUUUCUUGAGGAUGCACUCUUGGCAUCGCUCUACAAAUCAGCUAUUCAGCGUGUCGAUAUUGGAUCUGAACGGUUGCAAAGAAACAUUCGGCGCAUGCUAAAAGCUUUUGCCCAGGCCUUACGGGUUGAGGCUAAUAAAGAGCUUGAGGUACUGGCGGCGCGUUUGGUCUCGAUGAAAGCUUCCUAUGUUUCCCAAUGCAUCAUCGAGAGGUACGAAGUCAAAUCUCCCGGGUACUCAGUUCCUGAUCCCAAAUCGUGGCGCCAGACAAAAGAUGAUAGCUCUGACGAGGAUGAAAACGUAGAUGAUGAUAUACAGAAAGACUUGAUUGACGAAGACCUCAUCGAAGACCUGUCUGCCUUCCGAGGCUUUCUUACUGGAGGGAAUGCAUUUAUGAUUUUUCGAAAACGAUUGGAGGCCUUCGCUUUACCUAGAGCACCUGAAACGCACCCUGCUGCAGCAUCAAAAGAAUUCAUGGACGACCAAGUACUGUCGACAAAUACACAAGACCAACUGCCAAAACAGAUCCAGGAAGAAACCUCGCAUACGGGACCUCAUUGGAUGUUAUUAAGGAAGCCUCGAGGGAGACUUGCUGCUCUCCUCAUAGCAGCGGGUUGUUUAGAACCGCCUCUUAAUCCUGGGUGGGUCCGACUCAGGUGGCAGUGCGUAAGUGCUACAGAUCACCCUCCGGGAACUAUGACCAAAAAAACAAGCACUGAUUGA